AUGCGAACAUCAUUAUCGGUUCCUACAUGUGUAUCUACUACAACAUCAUCGUCACCUAUUCGCUGCAUUACUUCCUGUCGUCGCUUCGUUCCGUCUUACCGUGGGCUGACUGUUCCAAUCCGUGGAACACUUGUGCAUGUAGAACAAACAUCGUCGAAAACAACUUCUCCAGCUUCAUCAACAGUGUUGCUGUGCCGUCGCUCGAAGACUUCGAAGGACUUUUCAAUGACACCAAACCUCAAUGCAGACGUAAGUAACUCCAUAAAAAUUCUUUCCUUUUCUUUCUUACUCUUUGUAAAAAUAUUACUUUUUCAAUGUUUGUUCCUUUCUUCCUUUCCUUCCUUCUUUCUUUCUUCAAAACCUUCCUCUUUUUCUUUUCUUUCUUUCUAUUUCAUUUUCUAUCUGUUCUUCUUUUUCUUUCUUUCUCUUGUCUUUGUUUAUUCUUCCUUUCUCUUUUGUUUGGAAAGAUGCUGCUGUCCAGAUUCUUUUUUCAUUAUGUGCCUGCAGCGGGGGACUUAUAGCCAUGUCAAGUUACAAUCACUUCAAUCACAACACACUCAGCACCUCCUCAUACGUUUUUAUUGCAAUUACCAAACUGACGUCAUUGCUGAAGGAUCUAUUACCGUCGCAUUUUCCAGAUCGUCUCCUUCAUCCUUCUGUCGAUUUAAGUUUCUUGGACGAAUGUAUCUUAAGUUGUUAAUUAAAUUAUUUCUCUCUUUCUUUUUUACUACUCUUUAUAAUUUUUCUUUCUUUCUUUUUUUCUCUUUCUUUUCUUUCAUUCUCCUUCGUUUGUUUUUUUGA